CUCUAAGAAACGCCCCGUCACUACAAGCUCCUCCUGCACACGAUUAUAAAGCAAAUGCACGGAGCUGGUGUUCUAUUAGAUAGGGCAAAAAAAGUUGACAAAACAGAACUCACCAUCCUGUGUAACUUAAAUUUAAAAACAUACAUUUUUACUACUUUUGGAUUUUAUUUUCUACGCAGCCAAGAUGACCACGGCAGUGGUUUCGCCAUUCGACUUCAGCGAAGUAAUGAACAAGGUAACUUUAGCUACAAAAAGUUCUCUACUCGCCUUUCUCUAGCCUAGCCAACGUAUGGAGGCACGUCAGUGCUGGAAUUCGAAAUUUCAGUAGGCUAGUUUUGUGUUUAAUUUGAAAUGUUUACGCUAUUGUUCUGAUGCAUAUUUAUAAAAGGGAUCCAGUAACAUUUAGAUAAGAUCGCUAUAACGAGAAACUGUAACUAGUUUGCUAAUUUAGCUUGCAAACUAACUUUACCGGAGAGUGAGUUCCAUGAUGUGCGUUCGGGCCCAGCGCAGUGCUAGCCUCUGAUGUAUAAUGUCUCGUGUUGUUGUGAUUUUUACUUUGUUGACUGUCGUUCGUUUCCUUGUUUGAUUGAUAAUAUCCCGUCAUAAAAGAAUGAGUCAGACAGGAUUAAAUGGACUGAUAUAAUGGGAAUCUUGCUGGUCUGCUACUUUUGCUCUAGUAAAUUCAAUGGCAACAGUUGACCUAACGAUCGAAACUUAUUUUAUAAUGUGCAGUUGGAUCAAUUAGAUCUUUUCGCUGACCAACACUUAAUUCAAAUCCAAGUAAGAUGCUAGAAUUGGAGCGUAAUUUACAUGAACCAGAUUUAUAUUUGCCAUGAUGUUGCAUUCAUUCAAUCAAGUUUCAAUAAGGCUCGUGCCUGAAACAAAAUUUUGAAACGUAUAGCCUAAUGAUUCUGAUUGACUUCAGAUGAGCAGUGAUUUGAUUGAAACGUGUAGACUACUGGUGGCACGUCGAAUAUAGGAUUAUUAUUUUUUACCUUGCAGUAUGUAUAUAUCCUGUAUGAAAUGCAUUGAUUGUUGUACUGUAUUUAUUUUUAACUUCUGAACUUUCCGUUUUAAAGUUAAAUUGAUAUUAUUGGUUAUUGUACAUAAAAGGGUCCACGUAAAGUUAGCUAUAUAUGAACCUUGUGUGAGGCAAAACAUGCCUUCUUCUUCCAUCAAUCACCUAGCCGUGAAUAUCUAGGCCUGAUGUGAAAGUGUUCUUUGAAGAUAACUUCCUUACUAGCCUAGUAUGCCUUCCCUUUUGAGUGUCUUCACACUACGUUUUUAUUUCACUUAUUCGUUUCAAAUUAAAAAAGAUGCAGCAGCUCCUUUGCAACCAGGACCAGAUCGCUCUCACGCGCUCCUUCUUUUGCGCCAUUUACUUUGCAGGCACACAUUCCUCAGUAGGGCAACUUGCCAAACCAGCUGUUGUUCUGUUCUAUAGGUCUGCAUCAGCCUGAGGAUUUAAUGCGAAACGAACAUCAAUGGUCAUUCAGGGAUUUCUUUAUAAAUGUUUUCCCUCCCUUUAUGAAAUGUAAAGCCUUUGACAAUAGCAGCACUCUUUCUUGUGAUCUUUCCAUGAUUUUUUUGUAAAUAAAUAGUUGGUUUUGUAUUGACUUUAGAUCUAAUAUUUCAUAUUUUGUCUCUUUCCAGAACAACAAGAUGCUGAACUACAACAACAACAUACUGAGCUCCCCCCAUCAUGCGAUGUCCACCAACAUGUCCAUGUCCACCGGAGCCCUGCUGGACAGGAAGGCUGUGGGGACCCCCUCGCUGGGCAGAGGGGUGUCGGUGUACCACUCCGUCACCCUUCCCAGCUCCAAGUUCCACCAGAACCAGUUCCUCAACAGCCUGAAGAUAUCAGACCCCUCCUCCUGCUCCAUCACCUCAGGGUUAAUCAGUGGCAGCAACAAGGAGAACCGCAUGAGAGACCGCUCCUUCUCUGAGACGGGCGAGAGGCUCCUACAGAAGUGCCUGGGGCCAGCUAGUCCUACCAGCCUGGGAUGCCAGAGCCAGCAGCAGAGCCAGGUCAACUCCAGCCGCUACAAGACGGAGCUGUGCCGUCCGUUCGAGGAGAACGGAGCCUGCAAGUACGGCGACAAGUGUCAGUUCGCCCAUGGCAUCCAUGAGCUGCGUUCUCUCAGCCGCCACCCUAAAUACAAAACCGAGCUGUGUCGCACCUUCCACACCAUCGGAUUCUGCCCCUACGGUCCCCGCUGUCACUUCAUCCACAAUGCAGAGGAGCGCCGUGGACCCCCUCCCGGAUCCUCCUCCCCCUCCUCCUUCUCCCUGCUCUCCUCCUCCAAUAAGCUGGAGCGUCCCCGUCUGCAGCACAGUUACAGCUUCGCAGGGUUCCCCAGCUCCGGGGGUCUGAGAGGAGAGGACAGCCCCACCUCUGUCACCCCUACACCCAUGUUCUCCCCAGACGAGAUGCCUGAGUGGUCAAGCUGCAACCCCUUCACAUACUCCAGCCAGGAGCUGGCCGACCUGUUCGGCCCCAGCCUGGGAUCCAGCGGCCCCACGGGGACCGAACCCAACACCCCUGCACCACUGUCUCCGACCAACACCCCCUACUUCUUCCGGCCCAUGUCAGAUUCCCCCACUCAAAUGUUUGAGUCUCCGUCCAGCCCACCGCAGGACUCUCUGUCAGACCAGGAGGGGUAUCAGAGCAGCUCAGGGGGCAGUCUCAGCGGGUCAGAGUCCCCCAGCCUGGACGCCAACAGACGCCUCCCCAUCUUCAGCCGCCUCUCUGUCUCUGACGACUAG